CACUCGAUUCGAUUUGUUCAUCCUCUCCUCUCCUGAACCGGAACUCUUGUGUUGGUAUCUCUAUUGGAGAAGAAGCUACAACAAUGGCGAAGAGGGAGAUUAGUAGUACUUUGAGGAAUCUAAAGUUUAUGCAAAGAUCUUCUGCUGCGAAAGAGGAGAAGAUGAAGAAGAAGAUUGAUGAAGAGCCCAAUGCGAGUUUUUCUUCUCUCGGAAGUGUUGUUGCAAAGAAUUGUGUGGUUAUAACAGACUGGGAUCCUCAACCUGGAGCCUUGUUAGGACGCGUGUCGUUUCAGUCCUUCAACCCCUCUAUCGAGAAACUGAAUGAAGAGGCGAUAAUAAUCGGUCGAGAAACAGAUGCUUCUGUUCCCACAAGCUCUAGCAGUAAUAGAGGAAGAACGUCUUUUAGUGAACCGAAAAUUAAUCCAAGCCCGGAAACAAGUGGUGACUUGAAAAGGAAACGGUCUGAGGAACAAAACCAUCCUCGCAAGUCCCCAAGGAGCAGUGAAAAAACCAUCACCGAGCAUCAAGAAAGGCGAUGGUUUCAAGAAACCUAAGAGCAGGAAGGAGGCCUGGAGCGUUUUUAAGCCACCAAAACCUCAACCCAACAAUGGUUCAAAUUAGCUUACUGCAGCAACUUAUUUGCACAUCGGUUCAUAUGUGGUUGUAGAUUACUCCUUUCGUUUGUCUGUAUCCGUUU